AACUCACCUCUCACAAAACCCUCAGCCAUAUCUCCACAAUCCGGCAAUCCUCAGCUCGCAGUUACACCACCGAUUUCCUCCAAAUGAAGGCUUGCGACAUUGUGACAGCGUGAUGGGGAACCUUGGCGACUUGUCGCCAGAAGGAAGCGUAGCAAUCGGCAUCCUCGUCGGGCUGAUAUCUACGAGUGUCCAAAGUCUAGGCCUUACUCUACAACGAAAGUCCCAUCUCCUAGAAGACGAGAAGGAAGACUACGAUGUACGACGACCACCCUACAGACGGCGGCGAUGGCAGCUUGGAAUGGGAAUGUUCAUCAUAUCAAACUUGGUCGGGAGCACAAUUCAGAUAACGACAUUACCUCUGCCCGUUCUUUCGACACUACAAGCAUCAGGAUUGGUCUUUAAUUCCAUAUGCGCCACCGUCAUUCUUGGGGAGCCUUUCACAAGGUGGUCUUUAGGAGGAACAGUUCUGGUUUCAAGUGGAGCGGUAUUGAUUGCAAUUUUUGGAGCAAUCCCAGAGCCGGCACAUACUCUGGAUCAGCUGCUGAUUCUACUUGGUCGAAAGACGUUUGUGGUGUGGAUGGUACUACAAUUCCUCUUGGUGGUAGCUAUCAUCGCAAUAGCAGGAUUCCUCUCUCGAAUUCCAAGCAUAUCCUCAAGUCCUCGAAUACGACUCUUUCGAGGCCUAGCAUACGGCUGUAUCAGUGGCAUAUUAUCAGCACAUUCCCUACUUGUCGCCAAAUCGGCAGUCGAGCUCAUUGUCCGUACAAUAGUUGACCGAGUCAACCAAUUCAAUCACUGGCAAUCAUGGGUGAUUGUCCUCUCCUUAAUCGUUCUCGCCCUCACACAACUCUAUUACCUACACCGAGGCCUCAAAUUGGUCUCUACCUCCGUCCUCUACCCUCUCGUCUUCUGCAUCUACAACAUAAUAGCCAUUCUCGAUGGUCUCAUCUACUUUAAGCAAACUGACCGCCUCUCACCUCUCGCCGGCGGACUCAUUGCCCUCGGCACAGUCAUCCUCCUUUCUGGGGUCUUAGCCCUUUCCUGGCGCCUCUCCGACGAACAAACACAACCAGCAGUUGCACAAAGUGCAUUGGCCCCGGGUCUCGGCUUAGUGGAGGACACCGACAAUGACGAGUAUUCUGACUCGCUAGGCGCAGACGAAGAAGCAGCCAUGGGAGCCGAGCAUCAAGCUCUACUGAACGGGGAGCCAAUGACUCCCAAAACGAAAAUGGACACUGUCCUUGGAGCAACUCGCAAUGUCCGAAAAUCAGUCCGCUUAACAGAAGCAGACGAAAUAUGGGGCGAGCUCGAAGACGAUGAUACGAAAUCCCCUUCUCCCUCCCGACCCCCUCGAAGCAGUUCCAACAGCCUCCCAGCUCCCGCCAUAAGACCAGGAGACAGCGAAGGCGACAUCCCAGAUGAGACCACAGCGUUAUUAAGACGAGAUACCCUGGGAAGAAGGAAACGGCGACGCUCAACAGGAUUUCCAGGCUUCACAGCCCGUCCUGUAAGAAGAAGAACAACACACUCCCAAGACGCCACAGGCGGCUUCUGGAAAAUGAGAUGGUGGAAAGAUCGGAAAGGAAGCGGGAAAGGACCUCCCAACUCUCCGGGACCAAAUCCUUCCAACAAUGGUGGAGAGGGGCCUUCGACCUUAUAGUUAUACAAGAGGAGCAUGUGUGUGUGUUAUAGAUAGACCUGUACUCUCAUAUCCGCCACGAGAACCGAAUUUGCUGGCUCGGGCGUAGAACCAUUCGUCUUCCUUUUGUUUGUUCGUUCGUUCGCAUGGCGUUCUGGGUGGAUGGAGGGCAGGCAGGGAGGAUGGAGUUGUGAUGUAUGUAUGAAUGCUAUCUACCUAGGAUAUGAUGGAUGGCCGUCGACUUGAGACUUUGAGAGGGUUGUGUGUGUGUAUAAAUGAAUGAACCCUUAGUCUCACGUACAUACUUUCUGUUCACAUGAUAUCCAGUCCCCUGAGCAAGUUAACAAAGGC